AUGAAUAAUCAUGUAUUUGAAACCAUCAUUUUUGUAUUUGUGACUUUUGUACAAGCUUAUAGCCAAUCAACUGUUGAAACUACACCAUUCGAUAACGCUAUGACCAUAUCGGCAUCGGACUCUAGUAUUUCAUCGAUCAUCACAACUACAGAAUUGACUUUAUCUUCUGUCUCAUAUUCAUAUUCUACUGUAACAACUCCAUCUUCAUCAUCAUAUUCAAUGUCUGUAGUAACAAACACAUCAAGCUCGACAGACAUUAAUAUAACAGACAAUUCGACUUUUAUUUCAUCGACAAUAACGAUUUCUUCGAUAGGCAUAACUUUAGUGAAUACAAAUACAUCGGAAGAAAAUUUUUCUUCAUCGUUUACAUCAUCAAAUAAUUCUUAUAUAACAUAUGAGCCAACUACUUCUUCAAUAAAUACAAUAAUGAUUAAUUUAACUUACAAAUACAUUGUUGAAAGUUCAUCUUCUUUAAAGAUAGGAAGUUUUAAUGAUUCUAUAAUUUUAGCAAGUGUGAAAAAAAUGGUUGUCUCUUCAUUCAAUCAAACAUACUUUAAUAUUAUAGUCACACGUAUUGAAAUUAGAUCUAUACUAAAGAUUGAUAAUACCAAAUAUGAUAUGAUCACGGAUAUUUCAUUCUAUUGUACUCGUAUUGAUUGUAAUGCAACUCACAUCAACCAAUCUGUCUUAUCAUCUAUACCAACACAAAACUUUACAUUAUUCAAUGUAAAUGAUUCUCUAGUAGAUGUAACUGCUCAAUCAAGUCCAACAUUUGUCGAUAAUACGGAAAAUGUUACAACAACACCACUAUCAGUCAUAAAUUAUUCAAAAGGUGAAUCACCGCCCGGUGUUGCAGCACAAUUAGGUAUGGGCGUUGGUAUAACAAUAAUUGGCAUUUUACUUAUUGGUGAAAUAAUAUAUUUCUAUCGAAAAUAUGGAUUGAAUGGAUCAAUGCAUCAUUCAAAUUAUGCACUACCUCCCUUUCAUCGUCAACUAUCAAUCUAA